GUGGUGCACGCCCACGAUGAGACGCGACGCACUCGCACGAUACGGCACGCGGUGAAUAAAAUAUAAGCGGAGUUUUGGAAUAGCGCGGCAUUGAUAGCGCGACACACAACGGAGAGCCGCAAGAUCCUGUAGGCGAGGACACCUGUACGCUGUUUUUUCCCUCCCUUUUUGAGGGCCAACUGAAUUCUGUGGGGAUGACGGCGGAAUGUAUUUCCUGUUCGCUUUUGCGCCUCUGGGUGACGGGAGAGUCGCUCAAUUGUGUUCAUCAAUGGUGCUGUUCAACUUGUUUAACAUGUUGAGAAAUGUGCACAUGUGAGACAUCUCCUGCCUGUAAGGGACCUGCUGCACAGGAUGUUUAUGGAGACUUUUUUAGAAGAUGUGCUGUCUUGCAACUUAAGCCAUGUUCCUUCUGGAUGGGAACUGUUCUGAAGGGAUGGAGAGAGGGCCGCUUCAAAGGAAAACAGUGUACCGCAUCUCCCUUACGCUGGUGAAGAAGGAGACAUUGGAGGAUGGUGAUGGCGCAUUGGAGAAGUCAAAAGUAGGGUUCUUCAGGCAGCAAGCCUCACUGGAGGCCGCGCGCUGUGGUCCUCUAGAACAAUUGCAAGAAGUGGAGAAUGAAUCAGAUGAUUUGUCAUCGCAAAGCCACAUGAGGAGCUUCAGGGCGUAUAGCACUGGCCAGCUGGAACUGGGGAGUCUUAAACUGUCCUGCAGGAAGCAUGAUCAAAUAACAAAGAAAAAAAACACCACAUUUGUAAGUUUGCAGGAAGCGACAGCUUCUCUUAGACUUGAGGAGAACAUUUCUACCAGAGCAAACUCUCCUGGGAUUGCUGUGAGUAGUGGCAUGAUGAAGAUGAAGAAGCUCUUCAAAUCAAAGAGUUUGGAGACGGGCCCUGAGUCAUUCGACCACUUCGAGACGCCACCACAUGUAAUUGGAAUGGCACCUUUAAACGGGACAACACCAACACCGGAUACCCGACUUCAACAGGACACCGCCGAGUUGCUCCACCGCAGCUUCAGCUUUCGACACUGGACGGGCAGCCAGCGGCUACGUUUGCAAGCACAAAUGAAGGACCAAGACCAGAGCAGUUCUGCUUGCGCAGACCACUAUCUGGCCUCCGGAGGCCCAAAAGUCACCCAAGUUGAUGCCAUGCUCCAGAACCCCACCAGCCGCCCUCGCCUAGGCACCAUAGAAAAGAGUCGGACGCUGGAGGUCGGUGCUAUCCUGAACAAGACAGACCCCGGGUUUGAACUUAGCCGCUGGAAGAGUGCUCACGGCGGUAAGAAUCACACGCUGGACAACAGCGACCUACAGGUUCUAGCUUCACACAAGGACAGGGUGGCGCUUCGGAGAGGAGGAGGAGGACGAUCCAGUGAGAGGAGGCUGGUACGCUUCUUCAGUGGCAUCUUCUCCCGCAAGGAUGCCUCCGCUACCUUGACGCCUGUGGGAAGCCCCAGCACAAUCCGCUCUUUCUGCCACAGUACCACUCCUUUGCAGUCCAGCACAGAGAGUGUGAACGGAAGCUCAGGCGAUGCAUUUGUGAACAGCCAGGAGUGGACUCUAAGUCGCUCUGUGCCAGAACUGAAAGUGGGCAUUGUGGGAAACUUGGCUAGCGGCAAGUCGGCAUUGGUCCACAGGUACCUGACAGGAACGUACGUCCAAGAGGAGUCACCUGAAGCUGACGUGGAUGCAGGUGGUCGCUUUAAGAAGGAGAUGGUGGUUGAUGGGCAGAGUCACUUGCUGCUCAUCAGGGAUGAAGGGGGCCCCCCGGAGGCACAGUUCGCUUUGUGGGUGGAUGCAGUCAUCUUUGUCUUCAGUCUGGAGGAUGAGAACAGCUUCCAGACAGUUUAUCAUUACUUCAACCGCCUUGCCAACUACAGGAACGCUGCGGACCUUCCACUGGUCUUAGUUGGCACCCAAGAUGCUAUCAGCUCAUCGAACCCAAGGGUGAUUGACGACGGCCGGGCCAGAAAACUGUCCAACGACCUGAAGCGCUGCACCUACUAUGAAACCUGUGCCACCUACGGCCUCAAUGUGGAGCGCGUCUUCCAGGAUGUUGCUCAGAAGAUCGUUGCCACUCGGAAGAAGCAGCAGCUGUCCAUAGGCCCAUGCAAAUCCCUCCCAAACUCCCCGAGUCACUCGUCCAUUUGUACGCCGCAGGUGUCCAAUGUCCAGGUCAACCAGACAAGUAAUGGCGGCGGCAGUUUGAGUGAUUAUUCAUCAUCGGUGCCAUCCACGCCGAGCACGAGCCAGAAGGAGCUACGCAUUGAUGUUCCGCAGAGCACCAAUACGCCCACGCCCGUCCGCAAGCAGUCCAAGCGGCGCUCCAACCUAUUCACCUCAAGGAAGACCACCGAGACGGACAAGGAUAAGAAAGGCCUAGAGGCUCGCGCCGACAGCAUUGGCAGCGGGCGAGCCAUUCCCAUCAAACAGGGUAUGCUGCUGAAAAGGAGCGGCAAGUCCCUCAACAAGGAGUGGAAGAAAAAAUAUGUGACGCUGUGCGACAACGGGCUCCUCACCUACCAUCCCAGUCUCCAUGACUACAUGCAAAAUGUCCAUGGUAAAGAGAUUGACCUGCUCAGGACCACGGUCAAGGUACCAGGUAAACGGCCGCCGCGAGCCGUUUCCACCAGCGCCGUCAUGCCCAGCCCCAAAACCAAUGGCUUGACGAAGGACAUGAGCAACCUGCAGCUGGGACACACACCAGGUUUGGUAAGCAGCAGCUCAUCAGUAUCUCAGAUGGCGAGCGGCAUAAGCUUGGUGUCCUUUAACAGCCGCGGCCCGGACAACAUGGGCGGGCAUCAGCGCUCUUAUUCCGUCUCCAGUGCAGACCAGUGGACCGACGCCACCGUCAUCGCCAACUCGGUAAUCGGCACUGAUGGCAGCCUGGGUGACUCCAUGUCUUCCAGUCCGAGCAUCUCCAGUACAACCAGUCCUAAGAUGGAGCCACCCCCAUCACCACAUGCCAACCGCAAGAAGCACCGGCGGAAGAAAAGCACCAGCAACUUCAAAGCAGACGGGCUCUCGGGUACUGCCGAAGAACAGGAGGAGAACUUUGAGUUCAUCAUUGUAUCACUUACGGGUCAAACGUGGCAUUUUGAAGCUACUUCGUAUGAGGAACGAGACGCCUGGGUGCAGGUCAUCGAGGGUCAGAUCUUGGCCAGUCUUCAGUCAUGUGAGAGCAGCAAAAACAAGUCUCGUCUGACCAGCCAGACGGAGGCCAUGGCCUUGCAGUCUAUCAGAAGCAUUCGUGGAAAUAGCCGCUGUGCCGACUGUGACUCUCUAAAUCCGGACUGGGCCAGCCUCAACCUCGGUGCCCUGAUAUGUAUCGAGUGCUCGGGAAUCCAUAGGAACUUGGGCACCCACCUGUCCCGGGUGCGAUCGCUGGACCUUGAUGAGUGGCCGCUGGAACUCAUCAAGGUCAUGUCAGCCAUCGGCAAUGAGUUUGCUAACAGCGUAUGGGAGGCCAACUCACAGGGUCACCUGAAACCAGGACCAGAUGCCAGCAGGGAGGAACGCGAGCGCUGGAUCCGGGCCAAGUACGAGCAGCGUGUGUUUUUGGCGUCGCUGCCGUGCGCCGAGUUGUCGCUUGGCCAGCAGCUGCUGCGGGCGACGGUGGAGGAGGACGUGCGUGCCGUCGUGUUGCUGCUGGCGCACGGCUCCAGGCAGCAGGUCAACGAGACGUGCGGUGAAGGGGACGGACGCAACGCACUGCACCUGGGCAGCCGCAAAGGCAACGUGGUCAUCACUCAGCUUCUCAUCUGGUAUGGUGUGGAUCUGAUGGCAAGGGACGCUCACGGCAACAGCGCCCUGGCGUAUGCCAGGCAGGCCAACAGCCAGGAGUGCGUGGACACGCUGGCCCAGUACGGCUGCCCGGACGAACGUUACCCGCUCAUGGCCACGCCCAACCUAUCGCGCCGCAAUGCCAACCGCAACAACAGCUGCAGCAGCACCGGCAGCAGCGCCUUCAUUUGAGGCCUCCUUGGGAGAAGAGUUGACCUUUUUUUGGGAACCGCUCACUACCUGCUGUGACUCCGUCCACCUCACAUUCCAGAUUGGUUGAACUGGGCGACGAGCGUGGGGAGUACCCAAAGCAUGCUGGGUACUGCACCGGGUCACUUUCACCUCAGACUUUUGAUAGCUGAUGUCAUCCUUAACUUCACACACUACAGGCCAGUUUGCUCUCAGGCAGCCAGCGUCACUUUCCCCGCCCAAGCAUAUCGUCUCCCGGCCGACGCAGCACAUCGAGUCCCAUGUCACCCGCAUGGCGUUGUGGCACCACCCAGUUUGUUUUUUUUUUAACUUCUGUGAACUAAUUUACCCGUGUUAAAUGUGACAAAUAUGUGAACGAUCUAAGGGGGUGGGUGACAUUGGGAUGUUCUGAUUUUUUUCUGUUUGGACUGCUUGACAGGGAAUUUUGGAUCGGGCUCAGGGAAGUGUGUAAGUGGUGGUCUCGCACACACAUCUCCAUGAUGGAGAUGAGCUCAAAGCGCCCUCCCAAUAUGACCACUUCGCCAUCUUGAAGGUAGAAGUGGGGGGACUUUGGUAACGUGACAUGACUCUAGUUAGACUUUAGUUGGCCAUUUUAGGACGGAUGAAGGACUCCACUCAACUUUGACUUGGUAUUCACGAGACUGAACUUGUUUCAUUUGAAAAUCUACAUUGUCAGUUAAAUGUGCCAUUUGUUUGGUUUUGGAAAGAAUACUCUACUAUGAUGCGGGGGCCAGGCCAAGAUUGUGACGUUUGGAUUGAGGAUGAUGUUUUGGAACGUGGGAAUGUGUUAGUACAUCGAAUGAGUACAGAUACUGAGUAUAAAGUAGCAAGUGUGCGAAUUUAUGUUGUGACUGAACCAGAUUGUAAAACUUGACUUAUGACUUGCUUCAUCCAAUUAAAUAGUGACUUGAUUGGAAUGCCUCAUGACGUCCCCCCACCUCACCUUGAAGGUACAGAGUUUGUUUCCAAAUAGCUCCAGAUUUAGCAGAAAUUUCCAUGCGUCAAAGGGAAGGUAAUGCUAACUACUUUCGUGUCAUUUUGAAGCUCGCCCCCAAUGAAAACAACAUUCACAAAGGCUGAGUGUCUCUUCACACGGUCGCUUUAACACUCACAGUGAGUUUGCGUGCUCCUGCAGGAGUCCAAUUGUUUGUCUCAUUCCUGGUGGAGCAAAAAGGGAAUCUAACUUCUUCAGGUGUUUUUGCACCAGGAUGUUGUAUUGUAAACUCCUGCUGUCCUUUCGUCUUCAAGCUGGGACGGGCUUUUUCUUGUGUGUAAAUAGUUUAAAAUGUUCUGGUCCUGCUUGAGAUGCGCUGUCAACCCCUAGACUGAAGAUGGUGCUCAUUUAUCCACAAAUUCAACUUUAACCUCCAACCUGGAGACUAUUUAUUUAUUUACUCGCCUCUACUUUGGCUUCGUAUUGUCAAGUCUGACAUUAGAAAUGCCAGCACUAGAUGGCAAGGCUGCAUUAGUGGAUGAUUGAGGGCUACAAAGUUUGUUUAAUGACCAAAACUGUCAUGCAUAUCUCAAUGAUAUGACUGAAUAUGCUGUUAGUUAGCUGUGUUUCCUCACCCUGUGACUGCUAACCUUCUGUCACUUUGCUAAUUCCCCUCAACGUUAGUGUAGAUCUAGAGCCGGGCACACACAUACCAGUUUUGAAAGUCUUUGAUCCAUGAAUAGACCAAAAGUUUUCCUACGUCAAAAAAAAAAAUUAUCAUCCCAUUCACAUUUUGACAUCAUGAGAGUGAGAUGCCCCCUAACAAGUUAUCAACUGUACGUCGCCAUCAAACUGGAAGUUGGCACCGAGGUUAGUGUCAUCAGCAGGUUGCAAAGGUGAGACAAGAGGAAUCGCAGACAAUGGCCCAAUUACCUGUGUGUGUGUGUGUGUGUGUGUGUGCGCGUGCGUGCGUGUGUGCGUGCGUGCGUGCGUGUGUGUGCGUGCGUGUAUGUGUACCCCACUCUAAAGUCACUUAGACACUCCUUGAUCUUUGCCUUUGUUUUAACACACCUGCCUUCAUUCAAUCUGUGAUCACGUAAACCUCACCCCUCCCGAUCAUGUCCCUUAAAAAUAACUUUUAUUUUGUGCGAGAUAUAUAUAUAUAUAUAUACAUACAUACAUAUACUGUAUAUACACAGUAUAUGUGUAUAUAUAUAUAUCUAUAGAUGUAUACAUAUAUACAUCUCUCACUCGCUCUCUCAUGCUAUUUUAUUUAUGACCAAAAAAAUGCACUAAAUUCACUUAGCAUUAGCUUGUAGCCUUGAAGCUAUUUGUGAUGCUUUUACUUUAAUUCUAGACAAGGUUAAUGGCUACCAGUUGGCUUGAAGUUUCCUCCGUUUUGUCUGUGUGCUUUUUAAAAUGCCGAACAUGCUACUACUCUGCCAGCAUAAGGGAAAAAACAAAAAAGCUUGUGUGGAUUAGUUUUCACAUGGGCCAUCACUAGAAGUGCAGCUAACUCUCAGAUAAAAGCCGGCAACACUAACCGGGAUGUCAACUUUUGCUCCUCUCACUUGUGCAUUUUGUUUAGCUUGCCUCCCAACUCGUUCCAAGUCCAUCCAUGUUUUUAGUAUUCUGAUUUCUCAUUCAGACACAUUAUUGAUGUUCUUGUGGUUCUAAUAAUUAUUGUUUAGUUGGAUGUACAGUUAGAUAACACAGAAACUUCUACUGUCAUGUGUCUCUUUUCAAUAAAGACCAGAAUGAUGUUCA